AUGGAAGAUUUCAGAUCCAAAUCCUGCAGGGAGGGGAGAAUGCAGAUUGAAAGCUACUGCGAGAACAAGGCUGCCCCAUCAAGUAUGCAAGAUCUGAGAUCCUAUAGUGUGAGUUAUGCAAGUUCUGUGCAGCAAAAUCAGCCAAAUAAAGAGGUGAAGAUGAAGAAAGUGAAGAGCAGUAUUGGGUCAACUUCAAAAAGCUGGAGUUUUAAGGACCCAGAAUUGCAGAGGAAGACGAGGGUCGCUGGAUAUAAGGUAUAUGCAGUGGAAGGGAAGAUGAAAGGGUCUCUGAGAAAGAGUUUCAGGUGGAUCAAGAACACAUAUACUCAAGCAGUCUAUGGAUGGAGCCGAUAUUCUAAAUCGGCAGUUGUGAGUUUGUGGGUUAGACUUCUUGUUGUUCCUGAAGUUCGUAAGGAAAAUGAAGUUUGA